UGGAGUUUGGCUGGUCCGGGCGCCGGAGCCUCCCUCCUCCCACCUCUUCCCUCCCUCCGGGCUCCGUGCCUCACUCAGGGGCGUGUCCUGCCCUACCUCCCUUUCACAGUGGUCCACUCAUCCGGUUACAGCGGCAGCGGCAGCAGCAGCAGCCUGAGCACGAACAGCGAUAGCUCCGGGUUUCCAGACGGGAACUGUGGCCACGGCAACAGCUCAGUGGGGGGCACCUGUGCGAAGCAGGAGUAGCAGGGCGAGGGGGUGGGGUUCUUGCCAGCCACUCUCUGAGCCCGAAGGAAGGGGCACCUCCCAGCUGAGAUUCCAGUGCUCAGCAGAAUCUCUCACCGAACUGGGAAUACUGGUGGGGACAGACAUGUGCUGGACCAGCUAGAGGGCUGGGGUAGGUAAACAUUAGGUCCAAGCAUAGAGUGGCAGUGAAGCUGUGUCUGGGACCAUGACGGCCUCACACCUGGACUUUGGGGAAGUGGAAACUUUCCUGGACAGACACCCAGAGUUAUUUGAAGAUUACCUGAUGCGGAAGGGGAAGCAGGAGAUGGUGGAGAAGUGGCUGCAGAGACACAGUGAGAGUCAGGGGGCUGUAGGCCCGAGGCCCGCAGUGGCCAGCACCAACAGCUUGGCUCACAGCGGUGGCAGACGCAGCGGCAGUGUUGGUGUUGGCCCUGGACCAAAUAGCUCUGCCAACAGCCAGCCCACUCUGGGCGGCGGGGACUGUGGUGGGGUUCCCCUGAGUCCCAGCUGGGCCAGUGGCAGCGGGGGCGAUGGGAGCCUGCAGCGGAGAGCUUCUCAGAAAGAGCUAAGGAAGAGUUUUGCUCGCUCCAAGGCCAUCCACGUGAACAGGACCUACGAUGAACAGGUGACCUCCCGGGCCCAGGAGCCCCUGAGCAGUGUGCGGCGGAGGGCACUUCUCCGGAAGGCCAGCUCCCUGCCCCCCACCACAGCCCACAUUCUCAGUGCCCUGCUGGAAUCCAGGGUGAAUCUGCCUCAGUACCCCCCUACGGCCAUGGACUACAAGUGCCACCUCAAAAAGCAUAAUGAGCGUCAGUUCUUCCUGGAACUGGUCAAGGAUAUCUCCAAUGACCUUGACCUUACCAGCCUGAGCUACAAGAUCCUCAUCUUUGUCUGCCUCAUGGUGGACGCUGACCGCUGCUCUCUCUUCCUGGUGGAAGGGGCAGCUGCUGGCAAGAAGAGCUUGGUCUCCAAAUUCUUUGAUGUGCAUGCAGGAACCCCACUGCUGCCCUGCAGCAGCACAGAGAACUCAAACGAAGUGCAGGUCCCCUGGGGCAAAGGCAUUAUUGGCUAUGUCGGGGAGCAUGGAGAAACGGUCAACAUUCCUGAUGCCUACCAGGAUCGAAGAUUCAAUGAUGAAAUUGAUAAACUAACUGGAUACAAGACAAAAUCACUCUUGUGCAUGCCUAUCCGAAGCAGCGAUGGUGAGAUUAUUGGUGUGGCCCAGGCGAUAAAUAAGAUUCCUGAAGGUGCUCCAUUUACAGAAGAUGAUGAAAAAGUUAUGCAGAUGUAUCUUCCAUUUUGUGGAAUUGCCAUAUCUAAUGCUCAGCUAUUUGCUGCCUCAAGGAAAGAGUAUGAAAGAAGCAGGGCUUUGCUAGAGGUUGUUAAUGACCUAUUUGAAGAACAGACUGACCUGGAGAAAAUUGUCAAGAAAAUAAUGCAUCGGGCCCAAACUCUGUUGAAAUGUGAACGCUGUUCUGUUUUACUCCUGGAGGACAUUGAAUCACCAGUGGUGAAGUUUACCAAAUCCUUUGAACUGAUGUCCCCAAAGUGCAGCGCUGAUGCUGAGAACAGUUUCAAAGAGAGCAUGGAGAAAUCCUCAUAUUCCGACUGGCUUAUAAAUAACAGUGUUGCCGAGCUAGUGGCUUCCACAGGCCUCCCGGUGAACAUCAGUGAUGCCUACCAGGAUCCUCGCUUUGAUGCCGAGGCUGACCAGAUAUCUGGUUUUCACAUAAGAUCUGUUCUCUGUGUCCCUAUUUGGAAUAGCAACCACCAAAUAAUUGGAGUGGCUCAGGUGUUAAAUAGACUUGAUGGGAAAGCUUUUGAUGACGCAGAUCAACGACUUUUUGAGGCUUUUGUCAUCUUCUGUGGCCUUGGCAUCAACAACACAAUUAUGUACGAUCAAGUGAAGAAGUCCUGGGCCAAACAGUCUGUGGCUCUUGAUGUGCUGUCAUACCAUGCAACAUGUUCAAAAGCUGAAGUUGACAAGUUUAAGGCAGCCAACAUCCCUCUGGUGUCAGAACUUGCCAUCGAUGACAUACAUUUUGAUGACUUUUCUCUUGAUGUUGACGCCAUGAUCACAGCUGCCCUGCGGAUGUUCAUGGAGCUGGGGAUGGUACAGAAAUUUAAAAUUGACUAUGAGACACUAUGUAGGUGGCUCUUGACAGUGAGGAAAAAUUAUCGAAUGGUUCUGUACCACAACUGGAGACACGCCUUCAAUGUGUGCCAGCUGAUGUUUGCAAUGUUAACAACCGCAGGGUUUCAAGAGAUUCUGACCGAGGUGGAAAUUUUAGCGGUGAUUGUGGGAUGCCUGUGUCAUGACCUCGACCACAGGGGAACCAACAAUGCCUUCCAAGCUAAGAGCGGCUCUGCCCUGGCCCAACUGUAUGGAACUUCUGCUACCCUGGAGCAUCACCAUUUUAACCAUGCUGUGAUGAUCCUUCAAAGUGAGGGUCACAACAUCUUUGCUAAUUUGUCCUCCAAGGAAUAUAGUGACCUUAUGCAGCUUUUGAAGCAGUCAAUAUUAGCAACAGACCUCACGCUGUACUUUGAGAGGAGAACUGAAUUCUUUGAACUUGUCAGUAAAGGAGAAUAUGAUUGGAACAUCAAAAACCAUCGUGAUAUAUUUCGAUCAAUGUUAAUGACAGCCUGUGACCUUGGAGCCGUGACCAAACCAUGGGAGAUCUCGAGACAGGUGGCUGAACUUGUAACCAGUGAGUUCUUUGAACAAGGAGAUCGGGAGAGAUCAGAACUCAAACUCACUCCUUCAGCUAUCUUUGACCGGAACCGGAAAGAUGAACUGCCUCGGUUACAAUUGGAGUGGAUUGAUAGCAUCUGUAUGCCUUUGUAUCAGGCGUUGGUGAAGGUCAACGUGAAACUGAAGCCCAUGCUGGACUCGGUGGCAGCGAACAGAAGUAAGUGGGAAGAGCUGCACCAGAAAAGGCUGCUGGUGCCGGCCGCCUCACCCUCGUCUGCCAGCCUCGUGGCCGCUGGGGAAGACAGGAACUAACCCUCCAGCUUAGCUGCCGCUGCAAAAUGACUGCAUCCUGAAGGGCCAGCUUCGGGCCAGCCCACGUCAUCCUUUUGUUCCUUUAAGCUCUGGCAGAGUCUCUUGGUUUGCACCGGGAAGCACGGCCUGGGCUUCCACCUUUAAGUGUGGUCCGCGGAGGAGAGUGCGACGGGAAGGACAGAGGAGGUGGGGAGGGAGCCCGGCCCGGGGCGCUCAGCUUCCCCUGACAAGCACACGAGCACACGUGGGAGAGGUGCUGGGCAGAGGACCCCACACCAGAGGACAGCCGGCCCUGCUCAUGCCGAGCCCAGUGGCCGACGGAGCCCAGAGCAGGGAACGCGCCAUUAGCGCUGCUUCACUUUGUAUCCAGCUCUUCUAUUUGUUACAAGCCAAGCAAUGCCUGCCUUUGCAUCCUCUCCUGAGUGCCCUUUUGUGCCACACUGUUCCAAGAAGCCCAGUUUGUAUCCUGUAGAGGUAUUUUAUUUUUAUCCUAAAGCUUCUUAAUGAUGGAUUAGAGCCUUUAGAAUGGCCUACCUAAAAAAUAAACCAUAGCAUCCUUACCAA